AUGGCUGGUCAGCUACGCUACGACGGCCAGGUCGUUGUUGUCACGGGCGCUGGCGGCGGGUUGGGCAAGGCUUAUGCCACCUUCUUCGGCUCCCGCGGUGCCAGUGUCGUUGUGAACGAUCUAGGCGGCUCUUUCAAGGGCGAAGGCAACUCGACAAAGGCUGCCGACGUUGUUGUCGACGAGAUCAAGGCUGCCGGCGGCAAGGCUGUUGCGAACUACGACUCGGUCGAGAAUGGCGACAAAAUUAUCGAGACGGCUAUCCAAAACUUCGGUCGCAUCGACAUUCUCAUCAACAACGCCGGUAUUUUGAGGGACAUUAGCUUUAAGAACAUAAAGGAUGAAGACUGGGACUUGAUUAUGAAGGUUCAUGUGAAGGGUUCCUACAAGUGUGCCCGUGCAGCAUGGCCCCAUUUCAGGAAGCAAAAGUACGGCCGCGUCAUCAACACUGCAUCAGCAGCUGGCCUUUUUGGCAGCUUCGGCCAGACCAACUACUCGGCUGCCAAACUCGCCAUGGUUGGCUUCACUGAAACCUUGGCCAAGGAGGGUGCCAAGUACAAUAUCUUAUCCAAUGUAAUUGCACCAAUCGCUGCCAGCAGGAUGACCCAGACUGUGAUGCCGCCCGAUGUUUUGGAAAACCUGAAGCCUGACUGGGUCGUUCCCCUUGUUGCUGUCCUGGUACAUAAAGACAACGUGGACGAGAACGGCUCCAUCUUUGAGGUCGGAGGCGGCCAUGUGGCAAAGUUGCGCUGGGAAAGAUCCAACGGUUUGUUGCUCAAGGCCGACGACAGCUACACUCCUGGAGCUGUUCUGAAAAACUGGGAUCAGGCCACCGACUUUUCCAAUCCUCAAUAUCCAUCGGGUCCCAAUGAUUUCUUGACUCUUCUGGAGGAGUCCAUGAAGAUGGGCCCUAACGAUCAGGGAGAAAAGCUGGACUUCACUGGCCGCGUUGCACUCGUCACCGGCGGAGGUGCUGGUAUUGGCCGCGCUUACAGUCUAGCGUUUGCGAAGCAUGGCGCCUCCGUGGUUGUCAAUGACCUAGCGAAUCCUGACGACGUCGUCAACGAGAUCAAGGAACUCGGAGGAAAGGCUGUCGGAGUGAAGGCAUCGGCUGAGGACGGCGACGCAGUCGUGAAAGCUGCCAUCGAUGCCUUUGGCCGGGUUGAUAUUGUUAUCAAUAACGCAGGCAUCCUCCGCGACAAGGCUUUCAACAACAUGGAUGACAGUCUAUGGGACCCUGUGUUGAACGUACACCUCCGUGGCACAUACAAGGUUACCAAAGCUGCUUGGCCCUACUUCCUGAAGCAGAAGUAUGGUCGCGUAAUCAACACCACGUCUACCUCGGGUAUUUACGGUAACUUUGGCCAGGCAAACUACGCAGCUGCUAAAUGCGGUAUCUUGGGCUUCUCUCGCGCACUGGCUCUUGAGGGCUACAAGUACAACAUCUACGUCAACACCAUCGCGCCCAACGCUGGUACAGCCAUGACUAGGACGAUCAUGCCCGAGGAGAUGGUCCAGGCCUUCAAGCCCGAUUACAUCGCCCCAGUUGUUUUGGCCCUUUGCAGUGACAAAGUGCCGAAGAACCCUACCGGCGGCCUAUACGAAGUCGGCAGUGGCUGGGUUGGCCAGACCCGCUGGCAACGAAGCGGCGGCCACGGCUUCCCGGUCGACGUCCCUUUAACACCUGAGGAGGUGCUGAAACACUGGGAUGCGAUUCGCAACUUUGAGGAUGGACGCGCCGACCAUCCCGAAAAGACACAGGAUGGUCUUCAGAAGGUCAUGGCGAACAUGGAAAACAAGAGCAACAAGCAAGACGCAUCGUCUGGCAGUGGAUCGCAGUACCUCGAAGCCAUCAAGGCCGCGAUGAAUGCCAAACCAAAGGGCACUGAAUUCCAGUACGAAGAGCGUGACGUCAUGCUUUACAACUUGGGAAUUGGUGCCAAGCGCGAGCAGCUGAAGUAUGUCUUCGAGGGUGCUGAUGACUUCCAAGUAAUUCCGACGUUUGGAGUCAUACCUCCCUUUGGAACAGAAAUGCCAUACAACUUCGACGAUAUCGUUCCGAAUUUUUCGCCAAUGAUGCUGUUACACGGGGAGCAGUACCUUGAGAUCAAGAAGUAUCCCAUACCCACAACGGCGAAGCUCGUAUCGUACGGGAAGCUGCUCGAGGUAGUUGACAAGGGUAACGCUGCCAUCGUCAAGAACGGCAUCACGACUGUCAAUGCAGAGACCAAGGAGCCCAUCUUCUACAACGAGAUGACAGUGUUUUUGAGAGGCUGUGGUGGCUUUGGCGGCCAGAAGAAACCAGCUGACCGCGGAGCCAGCACCGCUGCAAACAAGCCUCCCUCUAGGCAUCCUGACGUCGUCAUUGAGGAAAAGACAACCGAGGAGCAGGCUGCAUUGUACCGACUGAGCGGCGACUACAAUCCUCUGCACGUCGACCCAGCUUUUGCCAAGAUGGGAGGUUUCAAAGCCCCCAUCCUUCAUGGCUUAUGCUUCUUUGGCAUCGCCGGGAAGGCCGUCUAUGAGCGUUUCGGCCCCAUCAAGAACGUUAAGGUGCGUUUUGCUGGCACCGUAAUUCCUGGCCAAACUCUGGUUACGGAAAUGUGGAAAGACGGCAGUAAGGUCAUCUUUCAGACCAAGGUGAAGGAGACGGGCAAGCUCGCCAUCGGCGGCGCCGCAGCAGAGCUAUUGGCCGAUAAGGGCAAGAUCUAG